CCAUUGCCUCUGCCUACACCAUGCCGUUGACUUGGAAACUUAAAUUCUAUAUGAUUACUUGUGUUCUACCACAAUUGCAUUACUGCAAAUAUUUGAUAUCUAUUCUUCACGAUUUUAAUACUAACGAAGGAAAAUGGACACGUCUAUCGGUUCGGAUCAUGAUGACCGAAAAGGGACGUCAAGCCCUAAUCAGGUUGCAGGUUCCAGUAGUGGGGGCGUUGUACGGCCAGCGGUUAAUCAACCAAAGCCGCCGCCUAGCAUUAUUGUAGGACGGCCUUUUAGACCCCCAUCGCCCAACACGGCGUAUAGGAUGCGGCAACAGCGCGAUGGAAAUUAUCAUGAUGACGAUGAAGAUGAAGAAGAAGAACAAGAAGUCGCACCAGCCCCGCCACAAGUAAACCCACUGCCACCGGUACGAGGAGGAAGGACCAGAAACGUGCGGAAUGAGAAUUGCACGACGAAUCGUCCUAAAUUUUCCCUCCAACAAUUUAAAUUAGACGUGAAAAAACUUGAAAUCAGUGCAGCCGACAUGAAAUUACAGAACGUCGAUGUAAGAUAAGAGUUAAAGGUAUGCCGUGUGGAUUUAUGACUUGAUUGUUUUGUGGUAAUUAUUAGGAAGUCCCAUUGAAGGAAAUAUCUUCCUUCAAUGGGACUUCCUAUUCAAGUGGAUUAUUUCGAGUGACAGACCAGCGCUGACGUUUGAUGCGUUGAUUGACGGGAGAAAAAUUGGGACUCCGAUAACUUCAGUGAAAAUUGAUGAGGAGAAAGCAUUCAUUGACCCUGAUCUGUAUUACGAGUUGAUAGGUUGCAAGGACCUGUUUGAAAUCAUGCCCCAACGUGGCUAUCGAAUUGUGCGGGGAAAAGGAAACAUGUUCGAAAAAGUGGACAAGGGGCCCUUCUUGUGUCGAUCAGCAAUGAAGAUGGUGAACCUGGAUGCUCUCCUCAACCACGAGCUAACCAGUCCAAUGACUCGAGAUGGACAUCCUGUUCUAGGAUUGCCAGACUUGUUCUACUUCGCUGAUGUGUGCGCUGGUCCUGGAGGAUUUACCGAGUACAUCUUGUGGAUGAAGAAAUGGGAGGCGAAAGGAUUUGGGUUGACUUUAAAGGGGGAGUUGGAUUUUGAUCUUCAAAAUCUCCACGCUGAAACGGAGACAUUCGACACAUUUUAUGGGAGAUCUGGAACCGGAGAUAUUUACAUUCCGAUCAACGUGACCGGUUUCAUCGAGCAUGUCCUCUCCAACACAGGGAAUAAAGGUGUUCAUCUCAUGAUGGCGGAUGGGGGCUUCUCCGUGACAGGGCAAGAGAACAUGCAAGAAUUAUUGAGCCAGCACAUCAUCCUGGCACAAAUUUAUGUGGCACUCGCUAUCGUCAGAGUAGGGGGGCAUGUAGUAUGCAAACUUUUUGAUACGGUGACACCCUUCACAGUGGCGCUCAUCUACUUUAUGUACUGCUCUUUCGAAACGGUCACGAUUCAUAAACCGGUAUCAAGUCGACAAGCAAACUCGGAACGGUAUUUGAUAUGUAAAUGGAAAAAGUCAGAGAACGUGACAUCCCCCAUCGUGAAGUAUCUGAAGGAUUGUCACGAGAAAAUGUGGGUCCAUAAGAAUGCUGCUGACAAUAACGAGGCUAUUUUGGAACUUGUCCCUGUCUCAGUUCUUGCCAAUCUGGACGAUCCGUUUUAUAAUUAUCUUUUCGAUUGUAACAACAGGUUGAUUAGCAGUCAAAUUGCGACCCUUAAAAGAAUGGCUGCUUUUGUAUUGAAUAAAUCCUUGGACAAUGAACCAAUGCAGUGGAAAGCAAAGACACGAGCAAUGAAGCAUUGGUGCAUCCCGGCGGAAAUUCCUAUGCCUGCCAUGUUACGACAGCCUGAAAAUGGUGCAAAUGCAGUUUUGCAAGGAGAUUUGAAAAGUGCGAUUCUCAAGCGACAUAAUAUUGACGUGGUUCCUGGAAACUUGCAAGUAUUCCAGUCACUAUAUGAUUGGCGUGCUGUUCCAACCACAUUGGGUAGGGUAUCAGGAAAUCGAGGAUUUUUUCUGUCCCUUGGAGGAUAUUCAUUGUUCAAGUACAAUGGGACAGGAUGGACUUCUGCUUCGACCCAGGCUAAGGCGCUGUCGAUUAUGAUGCCGUCAAAAACUCUUUUCUAUGGCGAGUUUGGGCUCGAAGUACGUGAAAGGUCGGGUCCAGUAGAGAAUUUCGACAUGGUUCUUCACAUUAUUGAUGCAUUAAUGUUAGGCGGCAUGGAUUUGCGAAAUAUGCAUUACACCCGAAGGCUGGAAAUGGCAGAAAAAUUUGCACAGGCUCUCACAAUACCGGAAAGGUUGAUAAUUCGGGCCAAGCCUUUAAUUCGCAUGGAACAUCUGCUGUUAUUUAUUGAAAAGAUUAAGGGGCGCGACUUCAUCAGGGGUGGUACACCCAGACCUACAUGCCCCAUGGACAUGAAUAAUCCUGAUUCGGCGAUUAUAUUUCCUAGAGGCUUCUUAUUUUUAAAAAUUACAAAAGAUCCUUGGCAAAUGAUUUUGGAUCCACAAAUCAACAACAAAGUAUUCUACAACACGGCGUCUGGACAUUCAACUCGUGACACGCCAAUGGACGCUGUGGCUAGUUUCUUUGACACGAUGGAGAAUCGAAUGCUGUGGUCCUGGGAUAGGGCAACAAGUCUCAGAAUGGAAACACCGUACUCUAUCAUGGGUGAACUAUGCCCAGAUCACGUACACACGUGCACUUUUAUGACUUUGUUCAAAGGGAUGACUCGGCCUCCCAAAAAUGAGCAGGAUGCGACUGAAGCAUCAACUUUACCAGUGCAGCCUUGAAUACAUAAUUUUAUCCGGUUAUGUUGAUUUUUUUAGAAUUUUUAAAAUCAUUAUUUUACGUUUGUUGUAAAUAAACUGAAUUAUUUAAUAAGACAA